AUGGUACUUUCAAAUUCUCUUUCUUUCUUUCUUUAUAAUAUAUUUCUUACUAAUAUAUGUAUUAUUUUUUCGACUUACUUUUAUUCUUUUGCGAUGAUGUUUAUAUUCAUCUAUUUUUCUAUUCAUUCUUUUGCUUUUUCUUCUCUUUUCUUAAUUCUUUUUUUUUUCGAUUUUCUUCUUAGAUCUUUAUCUUUUUCAAAUUCGUAUUUUGCUUCCAUCAACCUCUCCUUUAUUCUUUACUUCUGUUUUCCUCCAUUUCUUUCAUCCUGUGUACAGUCCGUUCUUUCUUUCUUUUUUGUCUACCUCCUCCCUCUUUCUUUCUACUUACAUUCCUCUUCGCUUCCUUAUUCCUUCUUUUUUCCUUCCAUUUUACUUUUUUCAUUCCUUUCUUUAUUUUCAUUUUCCUUAUAUUUUUCUUCAUUAGACUUCCUUCCUUUCCAUUUCUUAAUAUAUAUAUUCCAUUUCGUUCCUUCUUUUUCUCUUUCCCCCUUUUCUUUUAUUUUCUCCUUUAUUUUUACUUCUUUUUCUUCGUUUCAUUCCAUCCUUUUUUCUUUCCAAUCCUUCCUCACAUUUCGUCUACGUUUCUUUUUCUUUCCAUACUUCCUCCCUUUUUUCCUAUUGUUCAUACACCAUUUCUUCCUCUCCACAUUUCUUUCGUUUUUUCUUUUCUUCAUUUUCUUUCUUCCUAAUCUCAGGCUUUUGUUCCAUUCAAGACUUUUUCAUUCCUUCCUUAUUUCCUUAUUUUUAUUUCAAUCAGCAUUUCAUUUAUUAUAUUUAUUUAAACAACUUCCAUUUUGUCCUUCUUCGCGCUUUUCCAGAUUUUUCUUACCGGCAUUCCUUUCUUACGCACCAGCCUUCCUCUGA